AUACGUUCAAUAUUGGGUUACGAGAAUUUUACUUCAAGGUCCCCUUUGGGGAACAAAUAGAGAUGGUAUAAAUGCAAAGACGAGCAACAAUGGCACGCAGUUGACGUUCGCAAACCCGCGCGACAAAAUGAAUACACUCAUAAUUUUGCUGUGCAGUGUUGUGGGUAGUACCCUAGGAUACUACGUGCAGCGUGAAGCCCCUUACAACAUCGGGCCAAAUGACCCGUACCCGGUGGAAGUGAGCCCGUACCUGCAGCAGGAACCUUCGCAACGACUGUUCUGGGGUAACGGACAGGGCAGCAACCAAGUCGGAGGUACGGGGUGGUGGGCCACUCUCACCAACAAGUUCCCGUUCCUUGGAAAUAUGUUCGGUCGAUUGGAAGUGCCUACUGAAUAUGGAGUGCCAAAUCAGCAGGUGUCGACGCAAUAUGGCGUGCCGCCUCAGCAACUAUCAACCCAGUAUGGCGUGCCAAAUCAAAUUCAGACGCAGUAUGGCGUCCCAUCAAGGUUUCAGCCACAAUUCUAUCAAGCAGUGCCGUUUCAGCAAUCGGGUCAGUUUGCCCCCUCUGGACGCGACGUGGCGUUGACUGAUGAUGCUGUCAUCAUCACUCCUCCUCAGGUACCCAUAGUGCCUCAGCCAGCCCCUGCGCCCAUUCCCUCGCCGGAGCCUAACCCUGGUUACCAAUAUAACAAACCUCAAUAUCGCCUUGAGUUACCUCACAAAUAGGUAAACAUAGUUUUCAGCGUUUCACUUUGAUGUAGCAAUAGUAUUUUUGAAACGACGAAAGUUAACGGGUAUCUAUUUUUAAGAAUAAUUAAGACAACAAUACCUUCUAAGAGGCUCUCUGUUGAAUAAUGCAUUGUACUACCUAUUUGGCGUAUUGUAGUGCGACACCGACAAUUUAUUAACCCAAAGAAAUGUAAGCAUUGUAUGAUUAAUAAAAACGAUAAAUCUUCA